GGCGGGGCUUCCUCCGGCGCGACUUCCGGCCCCGAGCGCCGCGUCCUGUUUUCUCCCUCACCGGCCACAGGGACGGCGGCGGAGAGAAAAGAGGAAGAGGAGCGGGAACGGGUCCGGUUGGGUUUUGCGGAAGAGGCCGCCAUGGUGUAGCCGCGCCAGAGUCGGGGUCAGAACCGGUCAAAGAAGCCCCAUAGACGGAGUGUGGGGCCGGCCCUUUCGCUUCCCUUCAGGCUGAGGAAACAUACUAGAAUAAAGUCAUAGCAAUGGAGUCCAUGCUGAACAAACUGAAGAGCACCGUCACCAAAGUGACUGCAGAUGUUACUAGUGCAGUCAUGGGAAAUCCAGUCACUCGGGAAUUUGAUGUUGGACGGCACAUUGCUAGUGGUGGCAACGGGCUUGCUUGGAAAAUUUUUAAUGGCACCAAAAAGUCAACAAAACAGGAAGUUGCAGUUUUUGUUUUUGAUAAAAAGCUCAUAGACAAGUAUCAGAAAUUUGAGAAGGAUCAAAUUAUUGAUUCCUUAAAAAGAGGGGUUCAACAGCUAACAAGACUUCGACAUCCCCGGCUGCUAACUGUGCAGCAUCCAUUAGAAGAAUCCCGGGACUGUUUGGCAUUUUGCACAGAACCAAUUUUUGCAAGUUUAUCCAAUGUUCUUGGCAACUGGGACAAUCUUCCAUCACCUUUACCAUCUGACAUCAAAGAAUAUAAACUCUAUGAUGUGGAAACCAAAUACGGUUUGCUUCAGGUUUCUGAAGGCUUGUCAUUUCUACAUAGCAGUGUGAAAAUGGUCCAUGGCAACCUCUCUCCAGAAAACAUCAUUUUAAAUAAAAGUGGCGCAUGGAAAAUUACGGGAUUUGACUUUUGUAUUCAAUCCAUGAAUCCAUCAGAACAAGAGCCAAAAUACUCUUGUAAAGAAUGGGACCCAAACUUACCAUCUUUGUGUCUUCCCAACCCUGAAUAUUUGGCACCUGAAUACAUUCUUGCAGUGAGCUGUGAGACUGCUAGUGAUAUGUACUCUUUAGGAGCAAUUAUGUAUGCUGUGUUUAAUAAUGGAAAACCCGUUUUUGAGGUCAACAAACAAGAUAUAUACAAAAGUUUCAGUAGACAGCUCGAUCAGCUUAGCCGUUUGGGUGCCAACAAUCUUCAAAACAUCCCAGAAGAAGUCUGUGAGCAUGUAAAGCUACUUUUAAAUGUCGCUCCUGCUGUCAGACCAGAUGCAGACCAAAUGACUAAAAUCCCAUUUUUUGAUGAUGUUGGGGCUAUGACACUACAGUAUUUUGAUUCUUUAUUCCAAAGGGAUAAUCUUCAAAAAUCUCAGUUUUUUAAAGGGCUGCCAAAAGUUUUACCCAAGCUACCCAAGCGCGUUAUAGUGCAGAGGAUUUUACCUUGCUUAACAUCUGAAUUUGUAAAUCCGGACAUGGUACCUUUUGUAUUGCCCAAUGUUCUGCUAAUUGCGGAGGAGUGUACCAAAGAAGAAUACAUAAAACUAAUUCUGCCUGAUCUCAGCCCUGUGUUUAAACAACAAGAACCAAUCCAGAUUCUGUUGAUAUUUCUUCAAAAAAUGGACUUGCUACUAACUAAAACACCUCCAGAUGAAAUAAAGAACAGUGUUCUGCCAAUGGUUUAUAGAGCCUUAGAAGCACCUUCAAUUCAGAUACAGGAACUUUGCUUAAACAUAAUACCUACAUUUGCCAACCUCAUAGACUAUCCAUCAAUGAAAAAUUCUUUGAUACCAAGAGUUAAAAAUGCAUGUUUACAAACAUCAUCUCUUGCUGUGCGGGUAAAUUCCUUGGUCUGUUUGGGAAAGAUUUUGGAAUAUUUGGACAAGUGGUUCGUUCUUGAUGAUAUUCUGCCUUUUUUGCAACAAAUUCCUUCCAAGGAGCCUGCGGUCCUUAUGGGAGUUUUAGGCAUCUACAAGUGUACAUUUAGUCAUAAAAAACUGGGAAUUACAAAAGAACAGCUAGCAGGAAAAGUGCUGCCUCAUCUGAUUCCUCUCAGCAUUGAGAACAAUCUGAAUCUGAAUCAGUUUAAUUCCUUCAUUUCAGUCAUAAAAGAGAUGUUAAGUAGAUUGGAAGCUGAGCAUAAGAUCAAACUCGAACAAAUCCAUAUUAUGCAAGAACAGCAAAAAUCUUUGGAUAUAAAUCAGAUGAAUAUGCCUGAAGAAAAAAAAGGCAGCAAUACAGUCAAUCAGAUUGACAAGGUAUUUACCAAUCUAGGAACAGAUAUUUUGACUAGUGGAUCUGACUGUAAAGAGAAUGGACUGCUGACAAAUCAGAGAAAGGGGUCACUUACACUUGAAGAAAAGCAAAAGUUAGCAAAAGAACAAGAACAAGCUCAGAAACUGAAAAGCCAACAGCCACUUAAACCUCAGACUCAUACAAUUACAGCUCCAGUCAAACAGACAAAGGACUUGACUGAUACUUUGAGAGAGAACAUGGCAUCAUUGACCAACCAAUCUGUUAACAAAACUAAAGUUUCUUCUUCAAGUAGCUUUUCUUCCGUGGGUAUUGGAAUGGGAUUUCCAUCACCUGUUGAAAGUGCUAAGAGAAAUGGACUAAAUGCUAAUAUAGGAUUUCAGCCUUCUGGAUUUGGCAUGGGAAUUAGCACCACAAGUCAGAAUUUCUUUGGUAAUACUGGCGUUACUGGAAUGACCAAUAUGAAUAUGUUGCCAGCAGCAAAUAUGACACCUUAUUCCCCAAUGAAUACCACAACUGCGGUUUCACAGCCAGCACAGCAAAGUAGGCCUCCAGAUAUGUCUGCUUUAGAUAGCCUGUUUGGGCCUCAAAAACCCAAAAUGAGUAUGAAUCAAUUGUCUCAACAAAAAACAAAUCAGUGGCUUAACCAGUUUGUACCUUCCCAGGGUACCAACAAUCCUGCUUUGGGAACACAGAUGAAUGUAAUGGGACAACCUGGCUUUGGCUUACAGGGGAAUCCUUUCUUUAAUCCUCAAAACUUUACACAGCCAGCAAACAGUAUGACAACCAGCAGCUCAGCUAGCAAUGACUUAAAAGACCUUUUUGGGUAAUAAUUGUAAUUGUGAGCAAGCUGGUUAAAUAUAUAUAUUUAUGUAUGAUGAAAAGCUGAUUUGAGGAAACUCAUCUAGCAAAAUGGACAAGAAAAAGGCAGUUUCCAGGAUGGCCUAAUAGAACAUUUUAUUCCCCUAUGUAUUUAAUUUUUGUAGGCACCAAAUGGUCCCUUCCCCCUAAUUUCACCACUUUAAAGUCAGGUUGAAUCAAUCAACGUACCGUACUCAGAAAAAUUAUACCGUAUACUUUGCAACUUCAGGAAUUUCUGUUCUGACCACUGUGUUUAAUAAAUAAACAUCUUGCAAAUAAAUACAAGCAGAUAGGUUGUAAUUGCUGAAAAGCUGUUGAGUUUAUCGUGUGCACAAGAUUUCAAAUAUGUGCUGAAUUGUGGUCUCCUGUUAAUUUUGCAUUGUCUGCAUUUCGUAUAUUGUUGAGUUACAAAUACCUUCUGGUAUAGAAAGAUUUAUAGUUGGCAUGUAUUGGAAGGGAGAUUUUUGUAAACACGUGAAACUAGAUUUAAGGUUAAGAUUUCUUAUCUCUGUCAAUAUAGAACAAGGUUGGUUUGAAAGGGAAUUAUAUUCAUCAGCAAAAAUGAAGUUGCUACUUUUAAAAAGCUGCUAAGGUGACCAUGUUGCAUCAAUUCCUACUGAUAAUGCUAAGCUGUCUGGUCCUACAGUAGUAGCGACAUUGCUGGCAAGGUAAUCUUAAUAUCCUGGGAAAAAAUGUGAGAUUGUUUAAUCAUACAAAAACAAUACAGGUACAAAUUAAUGAAACGAAGUCUGUUUCAGGCCAUCCAUAAUGAAUUUGAGGCUUAAUAAUAUGGAAAGCAUAUGGUAACUUCUAAGACGGAAACAAAUCUUUUCCAUCCCUAUGGUUUACUCUUGUUGUGGAUUUAUUUGACUGCUGCUAAUGUCUUUCUUUAGAUUAAAAUAAACCACAGUCUGGGGCAGAUUGCUUAAUUUUAAGCAAAAUUUAAUGGUUCUGCAUACUCCAUUGUAAUGUUGUUCCAAAUGUAAAAAAAGAAUUUCCUAAGUAAGAAGCAGUAGUACAUCUUGCUUAACAGGAGUGGGAUGUUCAGCUUCUCUACCAAACUUUCCCUGUCUUUACACUGUUACCAUUUCUACUGGUGUUUAACUGUUUCUUCUCUUGGAUUUUUGAAAUCUUUCUUAUAUAACACCUUGGGCUAUGGGUGGCUAUUUUGAGAAGCAAAGAAUUGGUUAACCUUUUUUUACAAAACACACUUACACACAUUAUUUUUCGAAGCCUUUCACUGGUUAAAUUGUUUCCAUUUGCUGCUUAAGAAACCAAAGGGCCUUAUGCUGUAAAUGUUAGCUGUAUUUUGUUAAAUUAUAUUUCCAGUUUUAAGCAGUAAUGAUGUUAAAUGUACUUUAAGAACUUUAUAUUAUAGCUCCUGCCUUAGUACUUUUAUUUUGUAUUUUGGGACCAGUGAUGAAAUUUGUGUUUUUUAAAGGAAAAAAAAAACACUUGUGUUAUUUAUGUACUGUUGAUAUUAUGACUAAAGUAUGCUUAAUUAGUUACAUAAUUGUGUGUGAAAUUAUGCUGAUUAAAUGUGUUAGGUGUACUUCUAGUUCCUGGUAUGGUCUCCAGAUAUCUCCUAACUUCAAAUUUCACAUUUAUGGCAUAUAAAAAUUUCUCUAAUGCAAAAUUUAAAGAAAAGAAAAUGAAGUAUUCAAGACAGAUUUUGCCUAUAUUAUAUAGAAAUCAAGAUUCUACAGAAAAGCACCAAUGUGAAUGAUUGAUGAUAAAGUCGAGUGUCAUAUUUAGAGAGGACGUUAAGCCAAGUUAACUUGAAAAGUUCCCAUCUGUAUUAAUGGUUUGUAGCCUUUCAGGUCUGAUCACUCUAUCAGAACAUAUCAGAGAUAUAGGCCUAAUCCAACCAUGGUGCUGCAGUGGCAACCCAACAAAACUUCCUUCCCCUUGCCACUGUUUUUUUCCACACUAAAAUAUUCAUUUCUUCUAAUGUUAUAAGGAAAAAAUUGUAAUGGGAAAACCUUCAUGCCUGAUCAACAUAAAACAUUUCUAAAAUAUUUUGUCAACUUUUUGCUGCUUAUAAUGCUAUCAGGUAAUUUUGGAAGAUUCAAGAAAAGAAGAAUAACAUCUAUCAACUUUCACAUGUAAAUUGUUAUCUAUCCAUUAGGAGUCAUAUGAAUAUUUUAUUAAAAUCAAUUCCUCUUGAAAUAAUUUAAAAUCAAAUUUCUUUGUUUUGUACAAGAGGUAAGAGAACACAAUUUCACUUAUUCAUUGCUUAGUUUCCAUUGGAUUGCAUUUUGAAAUUGGAUUUCCAGUAGAGUUAAUGAAUAUUUCUCUGACCUGUUAAUGCAUACAUCUGCUUUUAUGACAGAUUAUUUUUUUCUUUAUAGUGAAUCAAACAAAGGAAUUGCUUUGACUCAGUAACUUUCUUAGUAUUGAUGACAUCAGUGCUGUCACAUUUUAUUAUGAGUGGACACUUAACAGUCGCCACUGGCAUGAGUGUGAUGAUUGAAAAGGCAUUUAGAUUAAAGAAGGAUGAAAGACUUAAUGUCUUAAGAACAGAUUUUCCAUACACUGUAAAUUGUGUACAAUUUCUUAAUUGUCUUUCUUGAUUUACAAUUUUAAUUCAUGUACCAAAUUCCGGCUCAUCUAAUUCUUCAGAAUACAGAGAUUCCAAAAUAAAUAUUUAAAGGAUUCUGAAAUAAUUGGGGAAAAUCACCUAAGUGCUGCCAUGUCUACAUUUAUAUGUGCCACAUCCUAUUCAUGGUAUGUUGCUAUAGGGAUUAUAAUAAGUCAUUAAAUCCAUAAUCCUAGGAAAAAUUAUGAGUAACAUGGCUUCCCUAGCAUUAUAUCCAAGAAGCAUGAGUCAGCAAAGAGAAAAAGUUAAAAGAUACAUGGAUUUUUCAUCCCCAUAAACAGAGAAAGAAAUAUGGCUUGUCUAGAACAGCAGUAACUUCCUCUCAAAUGGAAUGAAAUUUUGGUAGUGUUAUUUUUCAAAGAAAAUAUGUUUAUGUGUGGUUAUUUUCAUGGUUUUUCUCAUUAAAGUGAAUAAAUUAUAUAGAUAUAUUUUCAGGUGUGCCCUGAAAUCUUAAUUUACUUGAAAGCAUUUAUAAUACAUAAAAGUGACAGUUCAUAGGGAAAGAAAAUACAAUUUCAUCAUACUAAUAUUUCAGACAUUGGAAUUCAAUCUGAUUUUUCCUCCCAAAAUAUAUCAAGUAUGUUGUUUCAUCAUAAGUUAAAACAAGGCUAUUGUUUGUAUAUUAAUGAAUAGUGAUUACAUUGACUAUUUCAGUAAAUGUCUGUGACAACUGACUUACCGUUUUCCAUAGGCAUGCUUCACAUAGAAAAUUAUUUAUACCUUUGUAAGCUGUGGCUAUGACACAGUGACUGAACCAGCAUGAAACAGGUAUAUAAUUCUGAAGUAAAAAAAAACUUCUGUCCCAUUCCUGGUGACUAUUUGUGGAUAUUUUCCUUGUGUAGUUAAAUGUGUGCAGUUUCAGAUUGCUUUAUAAAAAAAUCCAGUGUUUACAUCACACAAAUUGUUAUUGUGUACUUACUGUCACACAAGUAUAUCCCACCACACUCGGUAAUAAAUCAUUUUACUACUGAGUGCAUGUGUAAGAUUACCCAAUGCUACCUAAACCUGUCUUUUUUGACAAUGUAAAAUAUAUGAGUUUUUGCAUUAUAUGGUUGGGAUUUUAUUUCCUGCACUGCAAUACAAUAGAUUGUGGUAGGAAACAAAAUUGACUAUCAAUCUAGGACUAUCCCUGACUUUCAAUCCUGGAUUUUAAUCUAAGUUUUGGAAACAGUGAAAUCAAUUGUAUAGAAGUGUAUAAAGACUGAGGCUCCCCUUGAAGUGCUAAAAUUCAGGAAUUUAUAAGCACUGUGUGUAAUUCCCAAGUUGUAUAUCAAAAUGGCUUUAUAUGUAUUGAACUCAGGCUUGAUUCAAAAUAUUUAAUAAGCCCCUACUUAGUAGUGGCAAUUUUUAUGUUUAGAUUUUAAGACAUACAAAUUAUUUCGUGUAAAGUGGUUAUUAAUAUUACUUUAGUGUUGCUGUGGUUUUGGUUAGAAUGGAUGGAGCAUGAAAUUCUAUUUUGGUUUAUUGGACUUUACUGCUCUUACAAACAAAUCUAUUCUUUAUAUCAGUUUUUCAAAUUAGUAAUACUUAAAAUAAAUAUACUGUACAGGCUGGCUACAAGAAAUUCCUACCACUUUGUACUUCGAAUGAAUAACUGUAGUUUUGAAAUGCUGAAUGAUGUUCCUAUAUUGAAAUAAAGAUUUUCUUUUCCAUA